AUGCCACGCUUUGUUUACACAGUCGCAAACAUCGCCGUGACGCUGCCCUUGUUCAACAAAGAGGCCUCUUUUAAGUCAAGAUCUAAAGUAGCGUCCCUCAACCUUAGGAAGUCUAAGAUGUUCUCCACCAACAGAGAUCCAGCUGACUGGUUGGAAAUCAAUCCUACAAAUGGAACCAUUCGCACCAAGGGCAUGCUUGAUCGUGAAUCCCCCUCCGUACUGAACAACGUCUACACGGCAUCCUUUUUGGCAAUAGACAGUGGUAGCCCUCCAGCUACAGGUACCGGGACGCUGCAGAUCACCUUGGAGGAUGUGAACGACAACGCCCCUUCUCUUUACCCAACGGUAGCCAGCGUUUGUGAAGAUGCGAAGGAUGUGAAAGUUGUCUUUGGUGCCUUAGAUAAAGACAUUCACCGUUUCGCCAUGGUGACUAGCAAAGAGUGUGCUACUAUCCCAAGCAGAAGAUCACCUCUGACUUUUUCAACUCCUCCUUCUCCAAAGCCUCAGUUGCUUCAGAAUGGGCCCUUCUCAAUUUCAGCUCGGUGUCCUCCCAGCAACUGGAUUGUAUCUGACAAAACGUUGCCGCAGCCUCGCUCCGGAUUCCAUCCUCGAGAACAUUGGACACGAUGACCUCUUGCUGAAAACGAGAGCAAAACAACUGCAGCAACAACAACAACAAAAUAGACACAAUCAAAACUGGGUCUCCUGGGAGCCAAGUUACGCGAUGACUCUGUCUCCCCUCCCCACACCUCUCUGUCAACUUGUUGCUAUUGAACUGUUUUAAAACAAUUGUCUGUGGGUUAGUAUUUGUAUAUGUAUGAGUGUAUGUAUAUGUAUAUAUAUAUAUUUAUAGAGAGAGAAGAGAUAUACCAAUAGGAUUAGCUUUUGUAUGGCUUUCACAUUAGGCUUGGGGGUCCGUGGGGCAGAGGAACAUGGAAGAGGGGUGAUGGGUCACCACCAGUAGCUCGGCUCAGCGUUGAUGCUACGUGUAAAGUCGUGUUUCUCAACCCAGUGUUUUCUCAACCCGGGUAACUUUUAAGAGUUGUGGACUUCAGCUCCCAGAAUUCCCCCACCAGCGCAGCUCUUAAAGUUACUGCAGUUGAGAAACGCUGGAGUAACCCAAAGGAACGAGCAUUGUGUGAAGCAGCUGAUUCAAUAGCAUCACUUAAGAGAAAAAGAGAGAGGGGGGAGAGAGAGAGAGAGAAGGAGAGAGAGGGGAGAGAGGGAGGGAGGGAGAUCUCCCUAUGUUUUAUAGUAUAGGAUGCCUUCAUUCCCUUUGAUUUUCCAUUUCAUUUCCAAGGGUUCCUUCCAAGGAGACAAGCAUUCUGCCCAGCUUGAUAUGCUCAGCCGGUAUGGGGGAAGAUCUUCCAGUGGAUGGCAUGCUCUGAAGAUGAACUUUUACAAGAGAAUAAAAAUGUUAAAAUCC